GAAUAAAGUACCGUUAGAUGGUUUGACAGACGUAUUCUCGCGUGUCGCCUCACUUUACGGUGGGCCACCAUUACCAUGUCCGGUAUCCGAUUGGGCCGAUGAACGUCUGUCGUGGUUGAUGAUUGGACCAUUAUAUAGUUUCCCAUCAACAAUGAGUCUGUCCCUUACCAGCCGCACAUUUUUACCCUUAUCCCGGAGAUCUUUCAUAGUCGGUUCGAGCUCCCUUCGGCGUUUAUGUAUUUCCUUCGGGAAUUGUUCAUUUAUAUAAAAUGAUGUACUGUUUAACCUACGCGGACACCCUAACACACCUUCGCGAUCUCUGUUGUACACGAAACGGGCUACUAUAGGCAUGUUCUUACCGGAAGUAAAUUUCCCGAAGCGGUGUACAUACAGAGUUCGAUUUCCAUGAAUUCUCUCAGCAACAUCUCCGUGUUUUCCUCCUGAAUUUUCGGCCAGACCACUGAAUACUAAAUUGUUUUUCAUUGACCUCCAUUUUAAUUCAGUCAGACUUUCUACAAGAGCCUAAAAAGAAUGUUGAUCAAAAUGUGUUUAUGACAGCAGAAUCAUCUUUAUCAAAGUUAGUGGAGGUCACUGAAAACCACGCUCGACUCUGUGAUGGCAACCUCAGCAAGAACACUUUGAUUAGUAAAGGACAUACUGCUGUAGUGCGACUCAAUUGUCAAAAAGAAAAACAUCACUCCAUACUUUGGUCAUCAUCUCCAUACCUGCCAAACAACGAAUAUCUUGUCAACCAUAGAGUGAUUCAUGGAUUUGUGUGUAUAGUGGAAUGCUUCCUGUCCAAUAUACAAGGUUUUGUAAAGCUUCAAAUAUUGGACACAUCAAUAAAGAGAAGAGAAAUCACAUGUUUCGGUAUACAGGGACAGCAUUGAGUCUGCACUUCCUGAAGACAUUGGUAUGUCGUGACGGAUGCCAGGCAUAGAUGGAGAAAAAAUGCAAAAGAUUCCAGCGUUGUGGCUAUUGGAGAACAAACACAUAAAGUACUGGAGUGUAUCCAUGUGACUAAGUCUGACGACAUUGUGUCACAAAGACAUGAGCGGUUCGGCACUGAAAAACUCUAUCAAUAUUUUGAUGCUCAGGAUGUAAUUAUAAAUGUUUACACACAUGAUAUGAAUUUGUCGAUCAACAAAUGUGUGAGAGAUAAUCAGCCACUUACGGUCAAUCAGAAUGAUGCAUGGCAUGCAGUCAAAUCUGUGAAAAGGGUGCUGCAAACCAUUUCUAAGGGGCCCGCAUACCUUAGAGGAAAAACAUGUUCCGAAGAACUAGUGGCCCAUCUCUUAUCAGCUAAUUGCAGGUCGUCCCCGGCCUUUAAUGCCCGGUUUGUCUGUCGCCUUCCCGGGAUACACACAGUAUAUUCCUAACGGCCAUAAUGUCCCUAGCCCAUGUGCCAGUGGAAAACACAUAUGGAAGGGUGUAGGGCAUGACAUCGCGCAUGGAGGGGGUCCAAGGAAUCUGUUUGGAUUGGACUUUGCAUCCUCUGCGCAUGUCUGGACCCGGGACUUGUGUAUGGCUGACUCAGACUUAGACGGUGUGUCGAACGGAGUAGAACUAGGGGACCCGACCUGCUCGUGGUCAGUCGGUGAAACACCCGAGGGCCAAGCCACCGGUCAUCCAGGAAUCUGCGAACCAAUGAACGACCCGAAGUGUCAAUCAGUCAAUGUUAAUGUUGUUUGUUAAUAAAUUAGA